AUGGCUACCAAGACCGCUGUCCUCACCACCAAGGCUCCCCCACCGCUUCCCGGCAUCUACAGCCAGGCCAUUAUCGCCAAUGGAUUUGUCUACUGCUCCGGAGCUGUCCCCAUGGACGCGGAUACGGGAAAGAUCAUUGAUGGUGACGUUCAAGCUCACACUCAUCAAUGCAUCAAGAACCUGAGUGCUAUCCUCGAGGCGGCGGGGACAACCCUUGACAAAGUUGUCAAAGUUAACGUCUUCCUGGCGAAUAUGGAUGACUUUGCCAAGAUGAAUGAGGUCUACUCCACCUAUUGGGGUGACAUCAAGCCUUGCCGAACAUGCGUUGCCGUCAAGACGCUUCCUCUCAACACUGAUGUCGAAAUUGAGUGCACCGCAGUACUAUAA